AUUUAAAUCUCUCUCUAGCUUUCUCUCAGACAAAACUAAAAACCAAAAGCAAGUGUUUCUCUUUGGCGAUUUCAUAAACCCUAGCAUUUUGAUGAGUUACUAGUGCUCUCUUCGUUUUACUUUCUGCUUUGCGCCGAUCUUCGUAAUUGUGUUGCGAAAGGAUGGGUUUUGUGUGUCUAGGGGUAUCUUAGUCGAUUUUGCUGGUGUGUUGGAAACUUAGAACUUUAGCAUUUGGUUGAACUGGGAAAUUGGGAUUGUGGUGAGGAGCGAGGAUUGAGAUCGGAAAAAAUGGAGGAAAGAGGAGGAUAUAUGUCACCUUCAUUGACCGUAUCGUCGUCAUAUCGGGAAGGAGGAAGCAAGGGCUUAUCGCGACGGAGGUCGAUGAGGCCGAGCUUUGACGCGGAUAACGAGUUCAUAACCCUACUCCAUGGCUCGGAUCCCGUAAGAAUCGAGUUAAAUCGGCUGGAGAACGAAGUCAGAGAUAAGGAUCGGGAAUUAUCUGAAUCCCAAGCUGAAAUCAAAGCUUUGAGGUUGUCUGAACGGCAAAGAGAGAAGGCUGUUGAAGAGCUCACCGAAGAGUUGGGAAAGAUGGCGGCAAAACUUAAACUGAGUGAAAACCUUCUUGAGAGUAAAAAUCUUGAAAUCAAGAAAAUAAAUGAAGAAAAGAAGGCUUCCAUGGCAGCUCAAUUUGCAGCAGAAGCCUCUCUUCGUAGGGUGCAUGCUGCUCAAAAGGAUGAUGACAUGCCUCCAAUUGAAGCUAUUCUUGCCCCUUUAGAGGCUGAACUGAAGCUUGCGAGACAAGAAAUUGCUAAACUUCAAGACGACAACAAAUCACUUGACCGCCUUACCAAAUCAAAGGAAGCAGCUCUGCUUGAAGCUGAAAGGACAGUUCAGUCGGCACUGGCAAAGGCUUCAAUGGUUGAUGAUCUCCAGAAUAAGAACCAAGAAUUGAUGAAACAAAUCGAAAUUUGUCAGGAAGAGAAUAAAAUUAUAGACAAGAUGCACAGACAGAAGGUUGCAGAGGUUGAAAAGCUUAUGCAGAGUGUGGGGGAGUUAGAAGAAGCUGUUCUUGCUGGUGGUGCAGCCGCAAAUGCAGUGAGAGAUUACCAGAGGAAAUUUCAAGAAAUGAAUGAAGAGAGAAAAAUUCUUGAACGGGAAUUGGCCCGUGCUAAGGUUAAUGCAAACAGAGUUGCUACUGUAGUAGCAAACGAAUGGAAAGAUUCCAACGACCAAGUGAUGCCGGUAAGGCAGUGGCUCGAAGAACGGAGAUUCUUGCAGGGAGAAAUGCAGCAACUACGUGACAAACUUGCCAUAGCUGACCGAGCUGCAAAAUCUGAAGCUCAGCUGAAGGAGAAAUUUGUACUACGGCUUAGAGUGUUAGAAGAGAGUUUAAAGAGGCCUACAAGCAGCAGCAACAGAGGCACGCCUGGUGGUAGAAGCUCAAGCAACGGGCCUGCUCGAAGACAAUCCCUUGGUGGAGCCGAAACGAGUCCAAAAUUUACAUCAAAUGGUUCUUUGACCAAGAGAACGCCAAGUACUCAGUCGAGAUCAUUGACUCCUAGUGCCAGCACUAUAUUGAAGCAUGCUAAAGGAACAUCUAUAUCAUUCGAUGGGGGAACCAGAUCGUUGGAUAGAAACAAGGUGCUAAUAAAUAGACCGGGAUUGAAUAUUCCUUUGAACCACCAAUCUUCUGAAGGAACUUGCGGAGGCGAGUCGCCUAGCCCAAUAAAAGGGGAAGAAUCAGAUGGCAAGUCAACAAACAAUGAUAGCGUCUCAGGUGUCCUAUACGAUUUGCUGCAGAAAGAGGUCAUAACAUUAAGAAAAGCUGCUCAUGAGAAAGAUCAAAGCCUAAGAGACAAAGACGAAGCUAUUGAGAUGUUGGCCAAGAAGGUUGAGACAUUAACAAAGGCGAUGGAAGUUGAGGCAAAGAAGAUGCGAAGAGAAGUAGCUGUAAUGGGGAAAGAAGUUGCAGCCAUGCGCGUGGAUAAAGGACAACAAGAUAGUAAAUCCAGACGUCCGUCCUCCAUCUCUAAAGGAUCUUCAAACACUGCUCAAAUGCUCACUGGAAGAGUGUCUGGACGAAUUGGGAUGACGAGGAGCACACAAUGACAAGCUGAUUCCCCAAGCAUUUGGAUCAAUAACCGGUUGAUUUCUGUCCUUGUGCCAAAUUGAUAAACCAUCACUAGGAAGAGGGAUUGCAUUUGAAAGCUGAGCAUGUAAAGGAACAAAACCGAUUCGGUUUGGUGUAUAAAGAAAAUUGACUUUACUUGGCUAAUAUACCACGUGGUGAUUUUCUUA